AGAAGGAAGAAGGAAAAAAGAAAGAAAGAAAGAAGAAGGAAGGAAGGAGGAGGAGAAGAAAGAAAGUCAGUCACGGGUUUGCCUUGAAAGGCCCUUGUUUUUUCAUAGUCCUAGACAGGCAGACACAUAUUCUCUCUCACUUCAUAACCGAGGAAGAUAGAUAGAAAUAUAGAAACCAACGCCAUUAUACACAACACACACACUCUCUCUCUCUCUCUCUCUCUCUAUUCCCACCCAUCAAAUAUCUGAAGCUCCUGAGAUCGAGAGAGAAGAGCUUUCCAAUGGCGCUAAUUCUGGACAACUGUAGUGAAGGCAUAUUACUGUCUCUGGACUCUCAGAAAUCUGUCCCAGCCCCAUUCCUCACCAAAACCUACCAGCUGGUCGACGACCCCACCACCGACCACAUCGUCUCCUGGGGAGAAGACGACUCCACCUUCGUAGUCUGGCGCCCGCCCGAGUUCGCUCGCGAUCUCCUCCCCAAUUACUUCAAGCACAACAACUUCUCCAGCUUCGUUCGCCAGCUCAACACCUAUGGAUUCAGGAAGAUCGUGCCGGACCGAUGGGAAUUUGCGAACGAGUUCUUCAAGAAGGGGCAGAAGCAUCUGCUCUGCGAGAUCCACCGGAGAAAGACGUCUCAGCAGCAGGUGGUGGCCGGGAGCCACCCUUACUCUCAGAUGGGUGGCCCCAGCUUGUUCCCUUAUCCCGGCCGAGUCAGCGUCUCGCCGCCGGACUCGGACGAGCAGGUGAAUUGGUGCGACUCGCCACCGCUCUCCUCGCCCACGGCCAGGAGCGGCGUCUCAGUAGCCAGCGGCGGCGCUUAUAGCAGCUCCGUGACGGCGCUGUCGGAGGACAACGAGAGGCUGCGGCGGAGCAAUAACAUCCUGAUGUCGGAGCUCGCCCACAUGAGAAAGCUGUACAACGAUAUUAUAUACUUUGUUCAGAACCACGUGAAGCCUGUUACGCCGAGCAACGCGUUCCCUUCUUCCAUGCUCAUCUGCAACUCAUCAUCAUCAUCAUCUCCAUCUCCGUCUCCAUUGGUGCAACAGAAGCCUUUAAAUCAGCUCAUUGGUUAUCAUCAACCCAAGCCUAAACAGGCUCCUCUGCUUGAAGAACCAGAGAGCAACAUAACGAAGCUUUUUGGCGUGCCUUUAUUACAAUCGAAGAAGAGAUUGCACCCGGAAUAUUCCUCUUUGGUGGAGACCAACAAAGCUCGACUAGUUUUAGAAAAGGAUGAUCUAUGGCUGAAUCUCAUGCCUCCCUCCACAUGCUAAUUACUUCUUCUUUUA